UAUCUUUUACUUAUUCAUUUUCGCUACAAGAUUACUUAUAUUGAUCAAGUCAUUGGUCUUUUAUAAUCUACAUUUGUAAUUUAUCUGUUCGACUUUGUACUAGUUGUUUUCUAAUUAAAGAACGAGUAUGGUAGCCGGCAAAGUGGCCUUUGUAACAGGUGCUGGUAGCGGUAUAGGUAGAGAAGUAUGUCGUAUUUUGGCGAGACAAGGAGCUAAGGUUAUUGCCACAGAUCGGAACUUGAAAAGCGCUGAAGAUACCAUUACUUCUUUAAAUGAUUCCAAUCAUUUGGCAUUAAAUGUUGAUGUGUCAAACGAACAAAGUAUUCAAGAAGCAUUUAAAAAUGCAAUAAGUAAAUAUUCAACUGCACCUACUAUUAUAGUUAAUUCUGCAGGAAUCACGCGUGAUCAGUUCAUUUUAAAACUCACGAGUGAGGAUUUUGCUAAAGUACUUGAUGUGAAUUUAAAAGGAACAUUUUACAUAAUUCAAACAGCAGUAAAAGAAAUGAUUAAUGCUAACGUAAGUACAAGUGGUUCGAUCGUUAACGUAAGCUCUAUUAUUGGAAAAAUUGGAAACAUGGGUCAAGCUAAUUAUGCAGCAUCAAAAGCUGGAGUAAUAGCUCUUACACAAACUGCUUCUUUAGAAUUUGGACAAUUUGGAAUUCGCGUUAAUACAGUGUUGCCAGGUUUUAUAGAAACCCCUAUGACAGAAACUGUACCUGAUAAUGUAAAGCAGUUAUUUAUAAAAAAAAUACCUCUUCACAGAAUGGGGAAACCAGAAGAAGUGGCAGAAGUAAUUGCAUUUUUAACAUCUUCCAAAAGUUCUUACGUUAAUGGUGCUUCUAUUGAAGUUACAGGAGGGAUGCAUUAA